AUGCCGGAUUUUUCGUGGUCUAGGGUGGAUGCGUGUGGCCAGAGUGGAGGUUUAUGGCUGUUAUGGAGGGAGGAGAUUGGAGAGCUUGAGGUGGUUAAGUCGUCGGAUCAGUUUAUACAUGCUCGAAUCGGUAAUGGAGCAGAGGUGAUUAAUCUGAUUGUUGUGUAUGCGGCUCCUUCACCGAGUCGUAGAAGUGGCUUAUGGACUGCUUUAGAAGAAGUUUUGCGUAAUGCGGAGGGUCCGGUGUUCGUUGGGGGAGACUUUAAUACAAUAGUGAGGAUAGAUGAAAGGAGUGGUGGGAAUGGGAGAUUGUCUGAGGAUUCUCUAAAGUUUGGUGAUUGGAUAAAUGAUAUGUCACUGAUUGAUAUGGGAUUUCAUGGCAAUCAAUUCACAUGGAAAAGAGGGAAAACUGAAAGCACAUUUCUCACACCGGAGGUUAAGGGUAAUGCACGUCGACGUCCAUUUCGUUUUGAGGCGGCAUGGCUACAACAUAAUGAGUUUCAAAACUUGCUAAAAGCUUCAUGGGAUCGUGAUAUUGAUACAAGAGAGGCUUUGCAGAGGUUGGAAGUGACACUCCGAAAGUGGAACAGAGAAGUUUUCGGAAAUGUCCAAAGAAGGAAAGAGGACUUGUUGAUGGAGAUUACAGAGAUACAUGACAAAAUUGAGCAAGACCUCUCUGAUGAGAUCUUGGUAAAGGAGUGA